AUGAAUAUUCGCAAACCACCCAGAGAAGCCCUUCGAUCCAUCGAAAACAAAGAAAACCUCCCUGAUAACUCAUCCAAACCCCCUCCCUCCAGAUUGGCCAACCAUAGAAUCAACAAUCUUACUACUUACUUCAAAAUUAGAACUCCCAGUCGAGGCAGAGAAUUAGCCAAACUUGAAGACAACUUCAACACCAAGAACUCAAACAAUGAAUAACGCUAUCUAAGUACCAAAGAGAGUCAAUAAUGCAAUACAAUACCCUAUAACACGCAUCAACAACAAUUAAGAUUAUCUUCCAAAAUAUAAAGGAAGAGAAUCCAAGGCAAUUUGAGUGCCAAGGAUUCCACCAUUCAUCAAGACAAUCUCUAUAAAUAGAUACCAUCUACCUGUGAUGAUAAGAUCUAUUCUAUUGGGCCUAUUAUUGGCAAGGGUAGUUAUGCCAUAGUCAAAAUGGGAACUGACCGCCAUGGCAAUAAAGUUGCUAUCAAAAUGUAUGAUAAGGCUUAACUCAAGGGGGAAAGGUUCAACAACCUAAUCAAAGAAAUUAAUGCUCUCAGAAUUCUCUCUCACGAUCAAAUCACUAAACUUUAUGAUGUCUAUCAUUACACCACUUAUAUCAAUCUAGUGAUGGAAUAUUGUGGUACUGAAUCUCUAUAUCAAUUGCUCAAAUCUAAUUCUACAAGGACCAUACCCAAAGAAUUUGCACUUCAUAUCAUUCAUCAGUUACUCAAAAUCUUGCAUUAUAUACAUGAUAGGAAUGUUUGUCAUAGAGAUAUCAAGUUAGAAAAUAUUCUGAUACAAAAUAAACGAAUUAAACUCAUUGAUUUCGGAUUCAGCACAUUUACUAACCAACCUAUUACUUGUCAUUGUGGUACACCUAGUUAUAUGGCACCUGAAGUAGUCUCUAAACUUAAGUAUGAUGGGAGAGGAGCAGAUAUAUGGGCUACAGGUGUUCUGUUAGUUGCUCUGUUGCAAGGGAGCUUCCCUUUCAAAGGAGAGAAUGAAAGAGAAUUGUUUAAAAAAAUAAGAAACAAUGAAUCGAAUAUAACUAAUCAAGAUCGUGAGGUCUAAAAAUUGUUGUCUCGCAUUUUUGUGGUUGACCCAUAUCAGAGAGCUACAGCUAAAGAAUUAUUAUAAUUAGAUAUCUUUAAAAGUUGA